AAUCCUCAAGAAAGAUGGACGAGAGAAGAGUAGCAGAUUAUUUUGUUAUCGCUGGUCUGCCUGGCCAAGAUGACUAUCCCAGUCAAGACAAUGAGAACGACAAUGAGAGCAAUGGCGAGCUGAAGGAUUGGUGCCAGGAGGGUACUCAUCUCAAGGCAGACACGCAAACUGCACCUCCCAUCACGGAUCUUGCCGUAAUAUUCCCUGCACUGGGAGAACAUUGUCCAGAGGGGUACACACUGCUGGAACAAACUGUGUCGGGUUUCCCGGCUGACUUGAAUCAUGGGAGCUUACGAACAAAUGAGUGUUACUUGUGCUACAGGAGAGGACGGGACAAGCCUCCUUUAGUUGAUAUUGGUGUAAUAUACGACGGGAAAGAACGUAUAAUGCAGGAUGCCGAGAUGGUGUUGGAAACCCCUAAAGGUCACGUGGCAAACGUGAAUAACUCAACGUCGAAAAUUUUUGUAACGUACAGACGAGCGAAUCGAAAGAUGCCUUGCAAUUCCCUGGUCGUCACGGACAUAUGCGUCAUCCUGACGAACAAGGGGGAGAGCCCGCCUCAUGCGUUUUGCGUGAUCAAUAAGAACCUGAACAAGGGAAUGCUGGGCAGUGAUGUGUUUUUGUGCUAUAAGAAGUCUAUGAAUCGCGCCAACCUGGUGUCGUUUAAGCCAGCAAUACUCUACAAAUAUCCCACGGCCGAUUACAAUGGCUUCGUCUUUCCGAAUUCCGUCGCCAUGUUUUGUCUACCGAUGGGCGCGACUAUAGAAUGUUGGCCUAAAGUAGCGUGUAAACCUAAGCCAGUAUUCUCGACGUUUGUAUUGACGGUCGCCGACGCUGCUCAAAAGAUAUACGGCUCAGCAAUAACGUUCUACGAGGAGCUGCAACUAGAAUCGGACAUUCCGAACUGCAAAGACAAUCAGGAGAUCAUGGACACGGCCGACGAGAACAAUAAAAACAGUGCAGAUAACAUAGAGAUAACUAAGAAUAAGCCGCAGGUAAAAAUGAAAAUGUUCAAGAAGUCCGGCAUACUCAAGAAGCUCACGAUACCGCAGUUCGAGAAGCUGCAGUACACGGAUCCCGCGAGCCAGUCGUUGAACAUCAGCAAAUCCAUAUGCAUACUGUCACACUGGCCGUUUUUCGACACGUUCGAGAGGUUUUUGGUUUUCCUGCACGGAAUGGUCGACGACAAGCCGCAGAACGUCCCGAUCGAGAAGUACAUCUCAUAUUUUUUAUGCGACAUACCGUUCCCGAGUCCACAACGGCCGAGAAUCUUGGUGCAGCUCAGCAGUCAGGAUCGGCUUAUCUUGACGCAACCGGAGGAUCUGGCCUUGCCCAGAUCAGGCGCGAGCUUCCGGCAACUGCUGGUAAAUCUGGGACCCGAUAAUUGUCUGCUGAUACUGCUACUGAUACUGACCGAGCAGAAGAUACUGGUCCAUUCUCUGCGGCCGGAUGUACUUACUUCAGUGAGCGAGGCUAUCGCCAUGAUUCUGUUUCCUUUUAAGUGGCAGUGUCCUUAUAUACCGUUAUGUCCUCUGGGAUUGGCGGAGGUGUUGCAUGCGCCAUUACCGUUCCUGAUUGGUGUGGAUUCAAGGUUUUUCGAUCUAUUCGAGCUCCCUUCCGACGUCAACUGCGUAAAUCUGGAUACGAAUAACAUAGCAAUAUGCGACGACAAAAAAUAUUUGAACGUUAAAUUGCUACCUAAGAAGGCAGCUCGGCAAUUGAGAAAUUGUCUGGAACUUUUGUCCUCGAAGAUUAUUCUGUGGGGGAAGACUAAUUGUUCCCAGAAAGACAGAGGGGACGAGGAUUUCAGUGUAGACAGAGAGUUUCAACAGAAACGAAAAGAGCAAGCUUUAGAACUCGAGAUACAGGAUGCUUUCCUGAGGUUUAUGGCGACGAUUCUCAAAGGAUACCGAAGUUACUUGUUGCCAAUUACAAAGGCACCUACUGUGGGGACGACGGAUCCGACGAGUUUAUUUAAUAUCCAAGCGUUUUUGAGAAGUCGCGAUAAGGCUCACGCGAAGUUUUAUAGUAUGCUUGUCAGAACUCAAAUGUUUAUCAGAUUCAUAGAAGAGAGAAGUUUCGUAUCCGAUAUGGACAUGGCAGGAUUAGCAUUUUUCGACGAGUGUACAGAACGAGUCGAGGAAGAGAAUGUAACUCUUUUGGAACUGGAUGAAUCUCAACAUAGUGAACGUACAGUAUUUAUACCACCACCUGAAGCGGGGACAAAUGAAGCACCAAUAAUAUACAAUUCUUUCAAGUUGAAUCCUGAUCUAAUGAGGCCUCAGAAGAACUUCUGUUUGAAGAAUCCAUCUUUAAGUGCCUUCGGUAUGGUACCUGGGAGUCCUAUGGCUCGUAGAACAAAACAUGAAAUCAAAGUUGCUCAAAGGAUGGCCCGAAAACAGGCUGCUAUGCCCGACAGAUGGGGCAGAUGUCUACUUGGCACGUGUUAUAGUCUUUGGUUUCUACAUUUGCCAGCUAUGUUGCAAGUCUCUAGCCAGCCUGCUGCGAUUUUGCACCAGGCUUACGAAUUGUUAGUCAAAAUGCAGAAGUUACGUCUCGACCCUAUGGAAGAAGUGUGCUACAGAGCUAUGAUGCAACUCUGCGGCGUGUACGGACAGCCGGUUUUAGCUGUAAAGUUACUAUUCCAUAUGAAACGUAGCGGUGUUCAGCCUAACGCUUUAACGUACGGAUUUUACAACAAGGCUGUUCUCGAAGCAACAUGGCCUUCGGAUAUGACGAACUCGAGUCAGCUGAUGUGGAACAAGUUGCGAAACGUCAUCGUUGGUGCGGCCUUGUUCAAGAAGGCCGGCAAGAAAAGUGCCAGGAGGCGAUUGAGCUCCAACGUAGAUUUUCUGACUGCUGAUAAGACUGAUGGUAUGGAGCAUGCGCUCUCCCGGUCUAGUCUUGAUAGUUCACACUCUCAGGACACCGAAGCGGCGCACAGUGAUUCUACUAAAGGCAGCUCUGUGUCUGACCUACCUGGAUUCGGGUCGUUCGAAUUGAAAGCUAAGCUUCUCCGGCAGAAUAGUAUAGUUAAAGAUCAAGCUACGUUAAGCAUGUUGCAAACGGACGAAUUGGAUCCGGCGCCCAAUAAUCCAAGGCUAACGCGCAGUGUUGAAUCACCAUUAAAAAGUCCCAUACGCACACCAGUCACGGAAAAUGACCCAUUGGGUGCUCUCAUUAAUGACGAAACACCGAUUGUGUCACCUUCCGAGGAGAAUGACUCGAAUUGCUCAACAAGUACUUUAACCGUUUUAAAUAAUACGACUGAAGAGAGACCAGGAGGGCCGCUCUUAUUCAGAAGCAACAUCCUCCCACGUAGUGCGACCUUUCAUCAAGCGGUAGAUGAAAGUGGCAUGACGAUGGGUGGGCAUUUGCAGAGGAGUGAGACGAUGCCUCACUCCGUGGCGCAGCAAGGGGAACAGGAGAGAGAAAAGGAGAGACUGGAAAUAAGCAGUCUUUGGUCUCAGAAUAAGGAUAGUGUUACGUCCAGCCUCUCUAGCUUAGGAUCUAGUCUUAAACUUAGUUUCGGACGAUAUUCCACGGGCGGAUUUGCUAAAAAUAAGGAUUUCAUACCAUCGAAUCAACUUAUCGAAUCUCUUAGUCUCUCCAGCUACAUCAGCCCGUCGAGUUUGACAGGAAAGAAAUCCAACGAGAUAAUACUCGGCGGUCUAAAUAGCUUGAAGUCCGCCGCGACGACUGUCGCGAAAAAGUUCGACGAGAUCAAGGAAGCCAUUUCGGCGACGAGCACGCCGGUAAAGAACAAAGAGCGCGAACAAAAGCUAGCUUACGGGGUGUCGCACGAGUCUUUGGAUUCGCUCACCGAGUCCUUGCAAGAUCGAAACGAAGUCUCCACCAGAGCGCCAGGUGAUGGGAACUUAGAUCUAUGUUCGUUGUACGAGCUUGCGGAGUGCUUGUAUCCAAAAGGCACUAGAGAAUUGGAGGAACGUCUUGCCAUCGAGCUUGUGCUCUCCAGCGCCAGCAGAUGCCAUCAUUGCGCCGCUAUCCUGUAUGACGAGGAGAUAAUGGCCGGCUGGCAGCCUGAGGACUCCAACUUGAACACGGUUUGCCAAUACUGCGACAAGGCCACCGUGCCUCUCCUCACAGUUACCAUAUUAGAUUACAGGUGCGAAGCGAGCGGAAAGACCAAUGACCCUCUAAUGGGAGCGUUGGUGGAGUUGUUGGACCAACCGAAAGAGUCGUUGGAACCGAUAACAGUGCCGUAUCUGAAUCCAUUGGUUCUGAGGAAAGAACUGGAGAGUGUGCUGAGUCAGGAGGGCGACGCCUGCCUCACCAAGCACAGGUUCAUCCAAGAACAUCCGAUAGUCUAUUGGAAUCUAAUAUGGUACUUCGAGAGGGUCAAUUUAACGAGUCAUCUGCCUGAUCUCUGGCUAAACAGCGACAAGAACACGGAGCUGCGGAGAGUCGUGGGAUCGGUGGGUGUGAGAACCAUGUGGGACAACGAACGACUGCACAUGGAUCGCUUGCCCAUGUACCUCCAGUGGAAACUGAAUUCUACGGAGGACAGAACACUGAUGCAAACGAUAAUAACGUACGUCCGUUGCAACGACUUAGCGGAACCUAUAGUAAGAGUGGCCUUAGAAAGAAGUAAACAUCAAACAGGCGAUCAUCCAUUUUCUAUAUAUAGGGAUGUCCUGUUCCUGGCAUUUACGGUAUUAGGCAGGACGAACAUUGACCAAGGUGUCUUCGAUAGGGAAUACAGUUUAUCGUUGGAGAAGUUCUCCGAGAAUGAGGAGAAAUUAUUGCAUAAGAUCGACGCACCGCCGACGACGAUGUCGGUGUACUGCAGGCAUUACUUCAAGCAGCUGAAUGUGUGAGAGGAACGUGCGAGUCCCGAAGAAGCUCGAGCGACGUGAGGGAGAAAAGACUAUUCCUAAGUUGCUGAGAUAUCGGAGGAAGUAUACAGGUGCGAAUAGUGAACGAACGCUCGUUCGCUCGCUCGGUGCGCGACUCUCCGGGGCUUCAUCUUCGCGAUCGAAUCGAAUUUCGCGCAAGGGACGAUGCUCGAGCACGUUUCGUCCUGAAACGUACGGUGGCAACGUCAUCAUCCACGUGGUGAUAAUGGUCCGCUACAUGUUAAAUGUUUAUUAUUAUCUAACACGGUUGAUUAUUAAUGUUAUCAUGAUGAUUUUUACGCUCGAGUCCGGUCUAAGGAACGUUGUGGCAAGCGGGAAAAGAAACGAAUAUGCAAUGAAGAAGAACGAUCGGCAUCGUAGCAGUCGGCGGAUCGACGAUCGCGAACUAAACUAACGUGUACCUCAUCCUCGUGAGACUCCGCUUAACUCGCUCUGACGGCGGUGACACUUGUCUCUUGCUUGCGCAAACGCGUGGCCGGAUCGCCGGAUUCGGCAAGCUUCAGUUCUAUACGAUUCUCGCACUUCGGUCGCGCACACAUCGCGAGAGGAAGAGAGAGGGAGAGAGAGAAAAGUAGCUAUUGGGUCGGUCGCAUCGACAGCACAUCGUUCGACGCUGAUCGGCCAUAUAGAGCUGUCGGCGCCGCCGAUCCCACGAAAGACAUCAGUUCGGUGCAAUAAGAGAGUUGAACGAUAAUAACGAUUCCUAAACUAAUCGUAUCACCUCUGAUCUUCGUAUGUUUAUAUUGUAAUUUGUUUUUAACUUGGAAUUAUCGAAUACGAUUCGUCGUUAUUUUUGCGAAUUGAGUCCGCGCAUGCCUCUGACUUGUGAUUCAAUGACUCGCGCAUCACAUUAGCAGUAUCUAAGAGUACAACGUUGAAAAAUGUGUGUGUCGAGUACCAAAGAACUUUACGGGACUGUCGAGCGAUCUUACAAGUCCAAUUCCCUCCAGGUGUGCUGUGACCUUUGAAUACAUUUCAGUUCGACAUAAAUUGUCCGUAAAGGAGAAAGGAGGAAGAAAAAAGAGAGAAGGGGAGAGCGCAAAAAGACAUAAAAGAAGAAAUGCUGUCAUGUCGAAGGCAGCGCUUAUAUGCCAACUAUUUUUUUUACCGCGAUGAAAGGAGAAAAAGAAAGCGAGAACGAGAUAUAUCGUGCAUGUGACAUGACGAAACGCAGUAUUCUUUCCUUGUACUCUUAGAUAGGAACAAUCGUUAAUUGCACGACCAACACACAUACACACAUACACAGACGGACGGACGCAGAACGCAAGUACCGUUUAUCUAAUGUCCUAGGUGAAAAGUGUCCUUUUACGGGCGUGGCGCUGGCACUCUACUACUUAUAUAUCCUAAAAGCAAAUACUUAAAUGUGAGAGUGAAUAUUUUUAUGAAUUUUAGAGGCGCGUUCGAGGCAAUUGUAAAUGUUACUAGCGGUCUUGGUUAGAGACGCUGUCGUCCACGAUUGAUUCUUCGUCGAAACGAGGUAACAAACGACGAAAAGAGAGACUCGUAAUUCGCGUGGACUACUUCUUGGCGUGCCGUGUGCACUUUUCACCCUGGACACCCGCGGAUGAAUGUAUGUUCAUUCAUUACAGUACUAUCAAUGUAGGUCAUAAAAAUAAAGUCAGUUGAGGUAUUUUACAGAAGUGGUUCGUUUCACUCUCGAAAGUUGAACCCACGUUCAUGACGGAUUCACAGCACCAUUGUGAUGUGACAUCGCUCUAUCUCUCCUAUAGGUACUUUCGCAAGUUUUAUUUGAAAAGGAAGAAUUUCCACACUGAGUGUAUUGUACAGUAUCGCUUUUCACUUUUUGUCUGUAUCGAUUUUUGUCCUCAAUCGAAUUAAACCUGCCAUGUUUUUCA